UGUUGCCUCAUUCCAGAAACAUAUCCUCCGCCGAGUGACCUCGGCCAUGCAAUCCCACGGCCCCCUCCUUCCUCUCCGCAGCCCUUGGUCGUCCCCAAUCCCCCUCCCCCUCCGUCACCGUACCUCCUUCCCGACCAAACCCCUCUGCCUCGCCGCCUCCAGCUCCUUCACGGUAUCGGACGGCGAGCUCGAGUCCCGGGGCUUCCGGGUCCGGCGCAACCCCGGGGGGCUGGACGUGGCGGCGCUGAACGAGGUGUUCGCGCGGGUGGGGUUCCCGCGGCGUGACCCGGAGCGGCUCCGGCGCGCGCUGGGGCACGCGGGCGAGGCGGUGGUGUGGAUAGAGGAGCUGGCCGGGGGCAAGCCGGUGGCGUUCGCACGGGCGACGGGGGACGGGGUGUUCAACGCGGUGGUGUGGGACGUGGUGGUGGACCCGUCGCUGCAGGGGACCGGGCUGGGGAAGGCCGUGAUGGAGCGACUCGUCGCCGACCUCCGCGCCACGGGCGUCUCCAACAUCGCCCUCUACGCCGAGCCGCGCGUGGUGGGGUUCUACCGGCUCCUCGGCUUCGCCGCCGACCCCGACGGCGUCCGGGGCAUGGUCCUCUCCCGCAAGAACUUCCAGAAGCAGCGCAAGACCAGAUAAUUCGAUCUUAUAGUUCAUAAUUUGAUUCUUAAUUGUUACAAUCAAGGCGCAAAUUAAGACACUUCCUCUGUUCUUGAUUCGUCACUACUAUCAACCUUCUGAGGGAAAACUCUUCUGAUUCCUAA